AUGUCGAUGGGUGUGUGUGUGAGAAUGUAUUUCUAUGACACUCGAGUGCCCGGCCCAACAGGCUACUGGUCGGAUGAUACAUUCGGCGACCGCGCUCGAUGGAUCGACUUGCCGACCUCGGCGCUACACGUCAGUGACAUUGAGUCACGGGAUAGAGCUAUCUACAGAUGCCGAGUCGACUUCCAAGUGUCGCCAACGAGGAAUUAUAGGAUUGCUCUUGAUGUUAUCGGUAAGUCGUAG